CCGAUGACGCCAGCUGCGCCCGGCGCUUCCGGUUGCACCAAGCGGGAGCGGGAUCGGGGCCGCCGCCGCUGCCGCCAUGGGCGCCGCCCGGGAUGCGGAGCAGCAGCCGGGGCCGCCGGGCGAGGAGGGUCUGGGCGGCGCCGAGGAGCAGCUGGUCAGCACGAGCCCCUGGAACAUCAUGAUCAAGCACCGGCAGGUGCAGCGGCGUGGCCGGCGCUCACAGAUGACCACCAGCUUCACGGACCCGGUCGUGUCCAUGGACCUGCUGCGAGCUGUCCUGCAGCCCAGCAUCAACGAGGAAAUCCGGGCCGUCUUCAACAAGUACAUGAAGUUUUUCCAGAAGGCAGCAAUCAACGUACGUGAUAAUGUCGGGGAGGAGGUGGACCCAGAACAGCUCAUCCAGGAGACGUGUCGGAGCUGCCUGGAGCAGGCCAAACUGUUGUUCUCUGAUGGCAAAAAGGUUGUUCCCAGGUUGCCCCAUGAGCAGGUAGUACCAAAGCGUGCCAGACAGAUGGAUGAGGAGCUGAAUCGUCGAGGGAGCCCCAUUCCCAAAAAGAGGAAGGGGCGGCCUCCAGUACAGAGCCUGUCAAACGAUCGCGGGGUCUCAGGCAUGGCUGCGUGGAAGCUCAAGGUCUCUGAGCCAGUGAGAAGGGAUGGACCAAAGUGGGAUCCAUCCCGACUGACUGAAACCACAACCUUUGUGCUGGGAUCUCGAGCAAACAAAGCUCUCGGGAUGGGAGGAACAAGAGGGCGCCUCUACAUCAAGCAUCCCCACCUCUUUAAGUACGCAGCCGACCCGCAAGAUAAGCACUGGCUGGCAGAGCAGCAGCACAUGAGGGCCACUGGGGGCAAGAUGGCCUACCUCCUCAUCGAAGAGGACAUUCGGGAUUUGGCGGCCAGUGACGAUUACAGGGAUUCCGUCGACCUGCGGCUGGACGAGCUGAAGCCCUUUGUCCCGCCGGCAUGGAUGACGGAGAAGAUGCAGAAGCACAUGGAGACGCUUCGCCGCGGGGGGGACGCGCCGCCCCCCGAGUGCCCCCCUGAACCCUGAGAGCCCCCUCCGGGCCCCUAAUAAAGCCGCUUCGCACUUGCUUCCGCCGCCUCCUGGGGCCGGGGUGGGAGGGUUGGUGGUGUCUGGCCCUUUAAGAGACUCGCGGCUCCGCCCCGCGGGGCAGCGGCCAAUCGCGACGCUUCCGCGGCGGCGGCCGCCGGCCGUUACCG